CCUCACUCCCUCGAAAAGUUGAAAGGUCACGGCUAUAGAAUCAGCUGUUUGCGGCGAGUUUGUAGAAAAGAUGGUGGUGGGACAGGAAAUUGACAAGCUAAAUCUUCAAAAUUUGGAAUUAAAUCUUAACUAAAAAGAAUUAAAAGGAUUAACAUUAAAGAAUUAUUAACAAGACUAUGUUAUGAAAAUGACACAAGCAAAAUUUUUUGAGUAUGACGAGAAGGAGGAGUACUACGAUGAGGAGGAAAUUCGACCCCCACGACGACCCGGGGAUGCACCAGACGGAGGAUGGGGAUGGGUGGUUGUGAUCGGUGCGUUCAUUUGCAGCAUGUUCGUCGAAGGCUUGCUGUUCUCGUACCACGAGGUCGUCUCUGAACUAAGUCAAUACUACCACAUGCCCGAGGCAUCUUUUGAGUCGGUGUUUGUCUUAAUGACUGCAUUCUGCUUAAUUGGAGGUCCUUUGACAGGGGCACUUGUCCAUAAGUUCAGUUGUCGUAAGGUGGUCAUGGUUGGAAGUGUGAUAACAUGUGCAUUAAUGCUAGUCAGUACACAAAUGCCAGGCGUGGCAACAAUAAGAUUAACCCAGGGGGUUUUAGCUGGUAAGCAUAUAUUUUAUUUUUUUUCACUCCCUGAAAAAAAAUUGACUGUAGUACUUAUGUUAAGGUAUCAGUUUGAGAUCUGGACAAACUUAUUUACUGUUUCACAUAGAAGGUUGUCUAAGUAUGGUAUGUACCAGCCAUCAAUUUUGAUAAUUGCAUUUUGGUUCGAACACAAAAGGGCAUUUGCAACUGGACUAACACUCACUGGUGCGGGGGUGGGAGUGUUUAUUUUCACACCCCUUUACAGACAUUUGUUGGACAUUCACGACUGGAAAAAUGCGACAGUCAUAUUAGCGGCAUUGUUCUUAAAUUGUGCUGCGGCUGGUGCGCUGUUCAGACCCUUAACACACGCAAAGCCAAAGGGGAUGAAACGCGGACCCAUUCAAAGAGGUGCAAUAAUGAAAGCUCUGAUUGCGGAGAAGGAGCGCCAGAGGACUAUUUCAAAUGGCUCCUUAGACAACUGUAUUAUAACUAAAGACAACAGACUUAUUAAAAUAGAUAAAAUUGAUCUGCGGAAUAAAAGUAAUUCAUAUAACAAUAGCCAGUGUUAUACUAUUCUGUACACUUCUCACAAACUCUUUAUCAAAUUAUUUAACAAUGGAAAAAUAUUCAAAAGUGGUACAAUUCCACUAUACAGAUCUGAUAGGAUUCACAGUAUUAUUUAUAACAAAAUGUGUUGUUUUUUUCCAGCUUGUGUCAUUCCAUUAGUCCAUCUUCCAAAGAAAGCUGUUUCACUUGGUAUUUCACAAGAGAAAUCCUCCUUCCUGAUCUCAAUAUUGUGGGUGGCGAAUAUGAUUGGUCGUUUUGCAUUCGGUUGGGUGGCGGACCGACCGUGGGCAAGUGCUAUACAGCUGAACAAUACAAUGAUCGUGCUGGCAGGGUUUUUGUCGUUGUUUGGACAGUUCUUUAACAAUAACAGCUGGCUGGGCUUCUAUGCCGCAUUCUUUGGACUGUUCAGUGCGACGUUUUUAGCACUCCGCUCCAUUGUGCUGAUUGAACUUUACGGCAAGGAUCGCCUCAUCUCUUCUAUGGGUCUACUUACGUUCUUUCAAGGCUUUGCCAUAUUACUCGGAUAUGAACUCAGCGAUAUUCUGCAGGGAAAUGUUGCCUUCUAUCUUGUUGGUGUUCUGCUAGUUGUGGGAGGCCUCCUGGGAUUCCCGUUGCCAAAGGUGAAACGUUGGGAGGAGAGACGGGAAAAUAAACUGAAAAUUGUACAUAUCGAGGAACUUACUCAGCCGGAACAAGAAACGUUAAAAAUAGAAAACUGUGAAAGCACUAUUUAACAAUUUUAGUAAAACAUUUUUUUUUGAAGUUUAAAAUUCUAUGAUUCUGUUUCGAUGUGACAGAAUAUGGAAUUCGAGACUGUUGACGCCUUGUUUCACAAAACAGAUUCAGAAAAAUGUUUUGUGAUACAGAAUGGUGGUUCGAACCGGAAGAUUUACCGGAAAUCAGCGAAGUUUCUGAAUGGAGGCUAUUUCAGAACAUUGGUGCAAUGUAUAUCACUGUAAUGUAUCUUUCUGAAGCCCUAAGUUCAAUGGCCGUGUCUAGAAAGUUAUUGAAAAGUUUACAAACAAAUACGAUGUUUUAAUGUUUAAAUCAUGUAAGCUGAAGCAUGCUUUGGUGCAAUUUGUUCCGUAUAUUUGUUAAGAGUGGGGAAAAUAACGUUGCAUAAUGGUCGUGUUAUGCUGAAGGGUGAAAAUCGAUGUCUUACGGGCAAGUAAACCCCUAGAAAGCUGUGUAACGUAACGUUAAAUAAAAUAGAUAUUAAUGCCCCUUUAAGAGAAAGUUAAAUCAGGGAUUUAAAACUAAGUGGGAUUAUUGUUUGUUUUGUAGAUAACUUUUUUUCUUUUAAGGUUAUGAACCAUUAAUCGAACACUUACUGACAGUGACUUUGAUAAUAUGUUACGCUAUAAAAUAUGUUGUGUAUAUGUUGUUUUUUAUGCAUAUAAACACAAGUGUUUGUUCUUUGUUCUUCUUUUUUCUCUCAGUGUUUAAAAGGCCGCUUAAUGAUAUUAUAAAAAAGAAACUGUUUUAAGUUUCCUUGUUAGAGAAACUUUGAAUACUUGGCCUUUUUUGAUGUACAUUUACAACUGUACGUAAAUAGCUACAUUUGCUGACCAGAAAAUUUGCUUUUCAUUCAGUUUUCUUAAUAUUUUUCUGUCAUUUUUUGAAGAAACAAAAUGAACAUAUGUUUUCUUGAGCUUGUAUUUUGUUUCAUUUUCAUGUUUUUUUUUUUUUUUUUUUUUAUCAAAAAAAAAAAGUAUCUUUUUUUCACAUUGGCCUAUUAUGACACAAUAUUCUUAAAGAGUAUUAAAAUCUACUUGAACAUGUAGAGAAUUUGUUGUAUAAUGUAGAAUAACAGUCUGAUGUCAUUUUUUGUAAGAUUUUUUUUUAUAUAAUAAGAGCUGACAAGAUCAGAAAGUUAUGCAGUCAAAUGAUUACAUUUUCGUAAUACAAGAUUAUCCUGGAUUUGGAAGCAUAUUUUUAUCCUGUCAGCAAAAACUCUUUUGAAUAUGAACAGAAUUAAUUGUUUUUGUUUGAAUCAAGUUGCUUAGUUGUUGUUGUUAAUCAUACAAAAUAUUGUUCUCAUAGAAAAAAAGCACAAUUAUAUGGUAACAGAAAUGUAGCGUUACAUGUAAAUCAUGGAUAUUAAUCAUUUAUAAUGAUCAGAUGUAUGAUUUAGUUAGUACGUUAGAUAAUCGGCCACAUGAUUAAGAUGGUUCAUUAACAUAUUAUGUACAUGUUUUCUGACGUAACUGUUCAUUUUGCUGAACGCGAUUUUAUGUAUCUAUUAUAAGUGCUAUUAAAAUAAUGUCAUAAUGUUUUCAUCACAAAUGCUUGCAUAAAGUUCUUUUUUAUUCUAUUGUCAAACAUUGUAUUCGUGAUCAAUAGAUGAUAAUAAUUUUUUUAAAAAUUGUAUCGAAAUAGCUCUUUUGAUAUUUAAGGAAAUAUUGGAAUAUAAUGAUUUGGUAGAUAACUUAUUUGUCAAGGAAAUAUAGGGUGAUCAUUUGUAAAGUGAUAGGAUAAAAUGUUGGAAACUGGAGUCGAGAAUAAAUGCAAACUGUUUCUUGUUGUCUGACAAAAUUGAAUUUCCGCCUUUGUUACUAAAAUGAAAAAACUACCUGGUUGUCCGCUAAAUUAGUUGUUUGAAGAAUUUAAUUAAACUUGAUAACAAUGUUUAAGAUAUCUUGGAAAAAUAUCGAAAAACCGACCUUGUACAUAAAUAGGCUCGAGAGGUACUUUAAAAAUUUAAAGAUAUUUUGUCUCGUCAUAUUAACAAAGUAGGCCGUUUGUUAUCUUUGACAUACAGUACUCUUGAACUGAAAGACAUCGUGCAAGACAAAAUCGGAUAAUACCGGUUUUCGUUAUCAGCGGCAAACAGGUGGACGACCUUGAUAGAAUCUAGAUAGCAAGAAAAGGCCAAAUAAUGUAUGCAAUUAGCACACCAGAGUUCAAUAUUUGGGUCAACUAUGAUAAUUGAUAUAUUUAUAUAUAUGAAUGCUUGCCAAUUAUUGAAAAAAACUUACUUAACAUGCUUUGUUCAUGAUAUAAUGCAAUUAUAACCAAAUAGUGGUAUAAUAUGAAAAGAUGUUAUUUUUAUCAGGUAUAAGGUAUUUUUUCUUCAAGGUCUGUUAUGUAAUGUUAAGAAAAGAUUAUAGAAGAUCAAUUUAUAUAACUUCGAAGAUUUCAUUUCAUAUUUAUUUGUACGAAGGGAGGUGUGGGAAGGGGGGAGGGUGGUACAGGGUUGGGUUGGGCAUCUAGAUUGCUUACAAUUCAUUUACAACUAGAUUGAAUUGGACUUACUGCAAGCCUUUGUUUAAAUAUUAACUGGAAUAUUUUCUUUUCAUAUUUAUAUAAAUAAAAGACCUGUUUUUGUUUUUUUUUGUUUUUUUUUAGUAUAUAAGGGUCAGUCGGGUAUCGCAUGAUCUCGUUUUCAAUGUAAAUAGUCCUUGAUAUUAUUAUGUAAUUUCUUUGUAAAUAAUCUCGGUCAUCUGUGGAGAAAAAGCUUCGUUCCGGAGCAGCUGUAAGCGUGUAAUUCUUGUUGUGUAUUUGAGUAAUGUUUAUUUAGGGAAAACACGUUUACAAUGAUAAGCAUAUAUGAAUAUAUAACAUAUUUUUGUCAGCUGAACUUUGAUGCUUUUUGAGAACACUUUAUAGUAAAAGUGUCUGAGAAUAAUAAGUUUGUAACAGGAAUUUCUUUAUUUGCCAUUAUGUCCUGUUUUUAUUGACAAAAAAAAGGAAAGGUUCGGUAGGCUUAGAAAAUAUGUUCAAAUGGGCAUUAUAAGAGGCCACAGGAACAAAAUUUUGAUUGACUGGCCUUGUUACUUUAUCGUGUUCAGUAUAAGAGAAAAAAAAUUUUUUUGUCCAAAAGGAAUCGGUCAUACAGAUCUGUAUAAUGUGUAAAUGUAAAAUGCUGUACAGAUAUUUUUUCCAUUAUUUUUUCAUGAUUUUUGAGUGAGAUGUUAUUGACUAUAAGUUGUAGCGUUGUUUUGUGUUUGAAAUUCAUUUUUACAAAUAGAAAUGUACCUUUAUUAUAAUACAUUGAACAUGGCAAUGUUUUUUCUCCGAAAAGUCGUGUUUCUAAAUUGGUUAUAAGAGAUGACCUUUCUUUAAUGACAAAAAACAAUAUUGAUAAGUUAUUAAAAAGUUUGAAUUUUGUCUGGAAUAAAAACGUCCAAAAUCCCUUCAUACUGAACUUAAGCAUGUGUCAUUAGUUUUGUUCCACUAAAGAGAUCUGCGAUUGUAACAGUGGCGUGUAUUUUUUAUUUUACAUGUUUUGUAUGUGUAUAUGUACAUGAAUGAAGUAGAAAAAUUACUAUAUAUUUCCAGGGACAGAAAAUAGGGCACUCUGAAUUGUUGAAUCAAAUUUUGUUGAAAAAAGUAUAUUUUGAAAACUAUAUAUUCCAUAUAUUUUUUUGCCGCAUUUGCUAAAAAUGAAGAGUUCUUGUUUUCAAAACGUGAAUUCUUUUGUGUAAUUUUUACGCUUUGACUUUGUAACAAUUAUAUAAAAUUUGUUUACUUCACUUUGUGAGUAUUUAUUUGAUAUAGUCAAUUUGCCUAAACACUUACAUUAAAUGUAUGUUUAAGUUUAUUAUAAGAUUUAAAAUAUGUUUUUUGGGGGGGAGAUGCGAGUUGACGUUUUUUUCGUUUUUCUCAACUGUUACUUAUAAUUGUAAAUGAUAUUUUUGGAUUGGUUGAAAGUGUGUCUAAGUUCUCUAUUCAAACUGUGUGAUCUUUAUUAAAUGCUAUUUCUGUGCUUAAUGUUUAUGUUUACGUGUUUUGUGCUAUCGUUAUAUAUAUCUAUCUAUAUAUAUACAUUGUUUUUACAUAUAUAUUGAUUAUAAAUAGUCGCGCUUGGACUACAUAUGUUUUCGAUGUCCAAAUAUUAAGGAAAAAAUUUCAACACGUUUAUUUCACUUGUGUUAUUGUUGUUGUUUUUUUUCAUUUCAUAAAAUAGCAUUUGGCAAAAUUUUUAUGAACCAUGUUUUUUUAUUUUAUGUAAUAUAUGUAAUUUAUUACUUUCUCAGUUUUUUUUAUACUGUUGUUCAAAGCUUCAACUUGGCUUUGUUUCUUUUAACGCUGUUUUUUUUUUCCUCUUCAGUAUACGUAGCAGAUUGUUGAAGAUUUUGUUAAUUUGAUCUCUUUUAAAAAGUUUAAAUCUUGCCCAUAUAUCUGCAACUGAAUAAUGUAAGAAAAAAUAUGUUCUUAGAGAUUGUUCGACUAUUUGUUGCAUUAACCAUAUUAUUUGUUUUGAUGAAAAUAUGUUGUACAUAAGUAUGCUUUUAUGAUAACAUUUGGAUGCAUUGUUUUCGACGAUGCUACAUUUUUACACAUAUAUUUACACAUAGUUGCAUCAUGACAUGUGAUUUUAAGAAUGGUCAUUGACUGAAAGAACGUGUUGAUAGAUAUAUAUAUAUCACACUUAGGUUAUUUCUCUCAUUUUUGUUGUCAUUUUAAAUAUAAUAUACAUCAUUCUCUCAUUUUAGUUGUAUAUAUUAACUUUUAGUUACUGUUUUUAUAUAGGAUUUAUUAAAUUUGAACAUUUUCGGCUUUUUCCUCUCUAUCUGUGUAGAUUACGUUUCUCUUGUGUAUAAUGCAUUUUUACCUAUAUUCUUUCCUUUAUGUGCUUAAUAUGAUUAAUUUUUGUACACAUAUGUAAAAUCGAUAUGCAUUGUGUAAACAUAUUAAUGCAGUUUUUCGUUAUGAAAAUUGUUGUUUGUCUGCACCUGUAAUGUUAAUGAUAAAGUGAAGGUGAAAAAACAAAAAUCUUAUAAAUGUUGAGAAAAAAAAUUGUAAAAAGGAGGCAAUGUGGAAAAGGAAAGAUGUGUAAAAUACUGGUAAAUCUGAACUAGUUGUACUGGAUUUUGACAUAUAUAUUAUAUGUGUCUACAUGUUGUGUUGAAAAGUUAUGUCUAGUUAAGGAUGAGCAUAUAAUGCAAAUGGUGUUCAUAUGCCACGCAUUUUUAGCUAUGUGCAUCUAUCGUGUUCCAAAAAAAACUUGCAAAAUGUGUAUAUCAUUUAUAUUACUGCCUAAGAAGUUACAUUGCUUGAGCUUAUAAACUUCAAGCCUCCAUGUGCUGUAGAUUUUUUCCACUUCACAUUCUUCAUGACAGGAUUUUAUGCGACGCGUCUCGCGAAAAGAAAUAGAAAUAGUCGCAACCCACGAACAAUGUUAAAUCGAGCCUAUACAAUUGCGUGAAGAUUUUUUUUUAUUUCGCUAAUUAUCAUUCAGUAAUUAUUCACAGUCAGGGUUUCCUAAUUGUUUACGAUGACCGGAAAUUAAAUUUUCGGAUCGUAAUGAUGUUACAUACGGCCAGAAGUAAAAAGAACAUGUUUUAGCAUAAUUUGGUUUCUCUGCAUUUGAUUAAAAAUUAAGUGUAAAAAAAUCCUGUUUUGAAAUAUGUAGUUAGUUACAGUAGUAAUGCUAUUUUAUAUUUUUGUGAUUUUUUGUUUGUUUCUCUUUUUUUUUAGAAGUUAAAACGUCAUGUUUUGCGUGUUGUUUAUGCUAUGUUUUUAAUUUGUCUUUUUCAUGCCUGUAGUAUUUUCAUUUGUUUAUAUUUUUUGUUUUUGAAAUAAAUCUUUCAUGUUAAGAUUUUUAUCCAAUGUUUUUGCAAUGUUAAAAAAGCCUACGUUUUUACCGUAGGCCUUAAUUUUCAUGUUGUCAACCUUUGAUAUAUUACGAGCGAAUUCGAGGACUCAAUUCUCUCAGGUCGUAAAAAUCUGGAGGUGGGGAAUAACCUCUUUAUAAUCUGUCAUUGUUACCUGAGAUUAUGCCUCCUAAAUAAGAAACACCAAAAUAUUGUUCACGAUUGACUGACAGACGGACAAACAAACUGACCGACUGGAGUUGCCAGUCGGCAAAUAAAAUAGCUGUUAUGAACAGUUAAGGGAUUAAAUGAUCAAAGAAACGUUACUGAUUGACCGACAAAGACAACUUAUUUGUAAGAUAGUGAACAGACCGAAUGAACAAAGACGCUUCAACAUUGUUAACAAGAAGAAAAGGUUAAAUGUACUUGCAUAGAACAUUUUGCAUGUAGUAUAGUUUAUGCAUAUAAUAGUCUCCAAGGACUUGAAUCAAACAAUAGGUCUUUUAAGUCUGAAUUUAGGCUGAUAAUUCUCAUUAGGGCAUUGGAGAGGAUCGAGGGCCUUACAUUUCAGACCGAUUUGAAGCGAGCAACCCUAAGUAAGGUAAAGUUGACGACGAGAUAAAUUUUAUCUCGUGUUUGAAGGUUAAAUAGUUUUAAGUAGAUUAAAGCUACAUUAUCAUUGAAUUUUAUUUUAAGAAAAAAUGAUCGAACAUCGUUAAAGCAACUGUGUCAGUGAGUUUAUGGAAAGAAAAUAUCUUUUAAAAAUCAUCAAGAUGAUACUGUACUUUUUUGACAGAAAUGAAGAAAUCUGGGUUGAUCUUUAGAUUUUAAAGAAUUUUUUAGAUACUUGGUAUAACCUAGAACAAGUUGAUCCUAUUACAACUUUAAAGGUACUCAAAAAAUUUCAGCCUCAUUAAUUUACAUCAAUAUGAUAAAAGAUGACAUAAAAGUGAGUAGAGAAAAUUAAAAAAAUUGGGUAUGCAAUGGACACUUUAAUAUGUAUCAUGGAUAACAAUAUAUUAGAACUGUAUUAAAGAAAUUAGAUAUUGUAACAAUCUAUGUACAAUGUAUAAGCCAUGCCUGACAGUGAAACAAUCAUUAUUUUUUAUUGCAUGUGCUUUUUAAAUGGAGAAGGCUGACAAUUUACAACUGUGUUUGCUUUUACAUCUUAUGUGUUACACCAUAAAAACAUUGUGAGAUGCAGCAAAAUGUAAAAUGUAGGAAAAACAUCAAUAAAAUUUAUAAAACUA